CGCAUCCGUAGUUUGGAGUUUUGGCGCGAUAGUUUGUGUUGUGGCCGCCGUUCGUUAAUGUUUGUUUACUUUAUUUUGUAGUGGUAAAAUAACACUCUGAAACGGAGAAGUUGAGAAAAGCCAGUUGGCUGGCUCUUCUCUUAUAGAAAGUGCCGAAUGUUACAAGACAGUUGUUUAUACAUGGUUUGUUGUGUUUUUAUUAAAGGGGUGGGAGAUGGUGGUUGGGAGUCGAAGUUCUGACCUGUUCAGACUUCGAGUUGUGUGGUGAUUUUUUUUGGAUUCUGACUGACGAUGGCCGUUACUGAAGCGGCUACCUACGGAUUCCGUAACAGGUAACUUCUGUGGUCUGCCAUGCCACUUCCAACCGACAUUAUGGGAGAUUCUCAACUCAGCAGAACUCCAAUCCCAGCCCCAGCCUUCUUUAAAGAGGCAGAACAGAGCUUUUCCUUGAAGAAACGUGGUAGAUCAUUGUGUUACAGUCUUCCUCCUCGACCACCAGUCAAGAGUUCACUGCCGGUGAGCCGCCUUUUCCCAAACCGGCACCAGUCUUGGAGCCAGCCACGUCCCCAGAGUGUUUCAUUCAAAAAUUGCGAUAACAGUGUCUUGCAGAGUCACCUCUAUGAUGAGAGUAAAGAAGAUCUGUUUUUUGAGCAGUGUUUUCAAAAGAUCUGCAGAUUAGGGCGAGGCUCCUUUGGAGAAGUGUAUAAGGUGAGAAGCAAAGAAGAUGGUAAGCUAUAUGCUGUGAAGCGUUCUAUGGAACAGUUCCGUGGUGAAUCUGAUCGCCAGCGUAAGUUGGAGGAAGUACGGAAGCAUGAGCGGGUGGGUAGACAUCAAAACUGUGUGCAGUUUGUUCGUGCAUGGGAAGAGAAGAGACAGCUAUACAUCCAGACAGAACUGUGUGAAAUGAACCUGCAACAAUAUGGAGAGGAUCGUGGGUCUUUGCCAGUGAAGCAGGUGUGGGCCUUUUUCUUAGACCUGUUGAAAGGUCUGAAACAUUUGCAUGACCACCACCUGGUGCACAUGGACAUAAAGCCAGCAAACAUUUUUAUUUCACAUGAGGGCACUUGUAAACUUGGAGACUUUGGUCUUAUGCUGGAACUGGAUCGGGGUGACUUGGCUGAUGCACAGGAAGGAGACCCUCGCUAUAUGGCCCCAGAACUAUUAAAUGGGAUUUAUACCAGGGCAGCUGACAUCUUCAGUUUAGGAAUGACUAUUCUAGAAAUUUCCUGCAACAUGGAACUUCCCAAAGGAGGCGAAGGGUGGCAGCAACUGAGGCAAGGUUAUCUUCCUCCUGAGUUUACCUCUGAUUUGCCCCCAGCACUGUUGGAGGUACUAAAGUUGAUGCUAGAGCCAGACCACAUGAAACGUUCAACUGUCGACAUGCUCCUUACACUGCCAGUUAUCAGAAGAGUCGAAAGGUGGCGACACACUGUAUUAGCAGCCACAGCCGGGAUCAACAAACUCGCCAGUAUUUACCAGUGCCUAUUUUCCAUUCUUGCUGCUGUAUGGAAUAGAAUCAUGCGUUCCAUGGACUGGUUCUGGUGUUCACAUAAACCUUGCUUGCCCUCUUCUCCCAUUAAGACUCCCAUCUCCGACAGUAGUACUUGCAGUGACUGGGAAGAUGACAGCAUUGGGGACUAUGAAAUCUUUGAUUUGCCUCCAAAACCAAAAUCGCCGGUUGCAGAGUUGUUAAAUCAUACCUUCCAUGGAGGGAUGGCAGACAGAGAUAACUUUAUCAACAGCUUUCUGCAUUCUCCAGAAAGAAAUAAUGUACCAUCUAUGGGAAGUACAUCUACACCAAGAAAUAUCUCACCAGAAUUUUUUAUUGGCAGCAAGAAAGGGUCAGCUGUCUGUGGCAGUCCAAACAUGAGUUGGAUACCUCAGGAGUCACCCUGUAGUCGCAAAUCUUCCAGUUCAAGUCCUAGCAUACAUAAUUCAUCUGGCUUCAUCGAAGAGGACUGUCUCUGUGGACCUCGUUCUUCCCUGGAACCUAAAAACCUCCUCAGCAUGUUUGAGGAAGCAUCAGUUGAGAAAUAAGGGGGGCAUGGCAGUGUGGGUAUAGUUAAAAUAACUUGGAAAGCAAUUGCUGCCUGAGUGCCAGUGGAAGCAGUGGAGAACUUUGUUUAGACUACUUGGAUCUUCUCUUCACAGAUUUACUGAAAUGUAGUAGAAUGCACAUCUUAUUCUACUCUAUGCCUUUCUGUUACACACUUGACUGGAUGUAGCUUUCCAUACUGUAACUGCAGAAAAUCAGGAUAGAUACACACACACACACACACACACACACACACACACACACACACACACACACACACACACACAUGUUGACAAGUGAAAGGUGCUUAAUAAAUAGCUUUGAAAGGGCUUGUGUCUUGUCUUUCACUCAGAUGUAUUUUUCAAAGUAUUUGUAUAGGGAUAUAUAUAUUUAUGUCUGUAUUAACUUUGAGAAAUUGUUCCUACAAAAGUGGGUCACUGUAACACUGUACUGUUUACUUACUAUUAAUUUUACCUUUUUUUAAAUAAAAUUGGUUAUCUUAUUAGGCCAUUUGACUCCAAGAGCAAGUCUUGAAUCUUGUCUUGCAUAUAUUUGAGAAUGAAAUGACCACUGCAUCAUCCAGUCCCUUAUUUGUGAAAUGACCUGCUAUAUCCCUUGACUGUUCCUAUAGUGUAACAUCCAUCAAUACUAGUGGCAGAUUUUCUUUUAACAGUAGUGGUAGUCAGAAGCUAUUUGCUGCAGGAGCCAUAGAACUUGAUGGAAAUUGUAUUAAAACACUAACAGUAUAUUGGUAUGUUUUGUUGAAAAUGUAAUGCAUUCUGAUGCCCUUUGCAUUUGUAGGUUAGAUUGAGUCAACAGCCAAAUGUGGUUUUGCUGGAUAAAAGGUCAAUAGUAACUUUUUGUAGGAAGUUGCCAUUUACACUUCUGCAUCUGAUGCAGUUUGAAGAUUAAGUUGCGUUACUAUAUAGACUGAUUCAAGGGCUUGCCAUGUAAUAUCUUCUUCAGGUGUACCCUUUCAAGAAGUGAGGUCUGAAUAGUGGUGUUUGUGAAGUCAUGACAAGUGCGUAGACCAAAACAGGCUGCUCUUUGGAAUGGCAAAAUAGUUUUUAAUCUGCUGCUACACUGGGACAGGACAGCACUGACUUUGCCAUGUUUUAGUUGGUGAAGAAAGAGGAUGGGCUGUAACCUGAAUUACUGCUGUACUUAGUAGUAAAUGUUUACAGUAUCAUGUAGCUGUAACCAUGUGAGUGCUAAUAUGACCAACAUAAAAAUAUAGAAAUGUCUUUUACUUGUAUUCUGCACUUGUUUGAAGCACUUUUCUGGUAACCAUACAGUUUCAUUUUUGCUUGUUUAGAUUAUAGAUCCACUCAGUAAAUAACAAGGGUGUUUUUGAAAUUCUGUUUAUUCAUUAAGAGUUGUGCUGGUGACCUCUACUAUUAUGGUAAUUUCUCACCUUGUUUAAUUAUCCUUGGGGUUAUUUUCUAAGUUUUGUGGAUCAUGUAUAAAGAUGGCAGUCAGAUGUGACAGAUUUGUUAACUUGGAAUAAUGUGCCUUUUACACAACUGGCGACUUGUGUUGAAUGAGUGUGAUAUUCUUCAGCUGUUGUGUAUUGAAGGCUUCAUCUGAAAAGUGGUGUAAUCAGCCAAGUGUUUUCUUCAGAGUGCAUUUGUUUUCUUGUACAUAAUCUGUGAGCAGAUUUGAUCUAUUUUUUUGCCUUCCCUGUCGUGUUUUUACAGCUCAUUUCACAUGUUCUGUUUCAAGGUAAUGACUGACAGUUGUACUCAUGAUGUUAAUCUGAUUUGCCUUUGGUCGGAUUGAUUUGUUCAAAUCCAGAUCUGAGGAGGUAUGUGAAAAGUUGUGCUCAGUUGGAGAGGCAAGAUCCUACUUUCCUGUUGCAGGGUUGAGCUAAUUAAAAUUGUUACCUGACAUGUAUAAUCUGUGAAAAUAAAAUAAUCUUUUUCAGUGUUUAA